AUCUAAGCCACCUGGAAUUUAUUUACGUGCUGAAAUUCCGAGUUUCCUUGUGAAAACCCGCUUCCCAUGAAUGAAAGAGCAGCCCAGAUAGCGCCGAACUGAAAGUGAGCAAUGUGCCAGAGGCCGCCGCUCACAGCAAGGAGCCACCUGCUUAAUCGACCAUAAAAUCCCCGCCAGAAUGAUGCUCUAUUUGCGCCGCUUCUUCAGCCAGGAGCUCACGCCGGCUGCCCAGGGCGACUUCCUCGGAUGCCUGCAGCAGGCACCCAACCUCCUGGCCACCGGAUUCCCGGGAGCUCCCGCUCUGGAGAGCCUGAGCUGGUUACACAACCUGGCGCCGUGCUUCCCGCUGCGAGGCGACCAAAUCCAGGUCAUCCACGAGCCACAACACUUCUACGAGACGCUGGUGCAGCGCAUCGGGCGGGCCAAGCGUCGCAUAGUCCUGGCCAGCUUGUAUCUGGGCACCGGGCAGCUGGAGAACGCCGUGGUCCAGAAGUUGCGUCACAGCCUGGAGCAGCAGUCCGCCCUGCGUCUCAAUGUGCUCCUGGACUUUACACGCGGCACCCGGGGAGCCCUCAACUCCAAGACCAUGCUGCUCCCCUUGGUCCGGGACUUUUCCAGCCAGGUGCAGCUCUCCCUUUACCACACUCCCGAUCUGCGCGGGAUGACCAAGCGCCUGGCUCCGCCGCGGUGGAACGAGCUUCUCGGGCUGCAGCACAUGAAGGUCUACCUCUUCGACGACGCGGUGAUCAUCUCAGGCGCCAAUCUGUCCAACGACUACUUCACCAACCGGCAAGAUCGCUACAUACUCAUCGAGGACAAACCGCUGGCGGAUUUCUAUGCCCAGUUCAUUGAACGGGUGCAGGAGUUCAGCUUGGCAGUGGCGCCGGAUGCCACUGAAGGACUGCAUCGCAAUUGGCGCAUUCUACCGUACGAAGGAACCAAGGAACAGUUCAUCCAGCUUGCCCGGAAGCGCAUUGCCGACUUUGUGCAAGAAACGUUCCAGCGACAGGCACAAGUCCGGGAUCAGAACCCCCAGGCGGACACCUGGGUGUUUCCGCUCAUGGAGAUGGGCCAGAUUGGCAUACAUCAUGACAGCGUGGUGACCAAGCGGCUGCUCUCCAACUGCGUGACAGGAUCGCGACUGAAACUGGCCACCGGCUACUUCAACCUGACGCAGGAGUACAUGGACACGCUGACGCACAAGUGCCUGGCCCAGUGCAGCAUCCUGAUGGCCCACCCCAAUGCAAACGGAUUUCAGGGCGCCAAAGGACCGGCGGGUGGCAUUCCGGCUGCCUACACCUUGAUAGCCAAGAGCUUCUACGAGAGCCUCGUUCGCCGGAAGCAAAACCACCGCGUCAACUUCUUCGAGUACGAGAAGCCCGGCUGGACAUACCAUGCCAAGGGAUUGUGGUAUUACCUGCCCGAGGCACGACUGCCAAACCUCACGCUCAUCGGCUCCUCAAACUUUGGGGAGCGAUCGGUGAACCGCGAUUUGGAGACGCAGGUGUGCCUGGUGACGGACAACAAGGAUCUGAGCCAACGGCUGCAGGCUGAGGCGGACCGGCUCUACGAUCUGUCCCAGACGGCGGAGCGGGAAAUCGUCCAACGACCCGUGCCGCGAUGGGUUCAGGCCGUCGUCCGCAUAUUCAGGAACUUUUUCUAGGCUCUUCGACUUCAUAGUUCAAUUUUUUCGUUCUUGUUAAGGCCAUAUCCAAAAUAGUUACUUUAGUUUUUAAUUCGUGUUUAAACUUUGCCCUGGGCAAGUGAAUGUUUCUAUUGCUGGUAAUCGUUGCUUUUGUACACAGGCUAAAGUUUGUUAACUAA